AGAUGAUUUGUAAAUAAAUAACAAGCAACCACUACUGAGAACUUGUUAUCACGAUGAGGUCAGACCUGACAGAGGUCGCUUGGUUCGCGCUCCCCGUAUCUACAGAUCCGCAGCGCAGUAUGCGUAUUCGAUCGAGUUGGAUCGCUUGACCCUGACUAACGCACACGAAAAGUAUCGGAGAUCUCGAAAAAAAGGCUGUGACUGCUUUAGUCUUCAGACAACACCUGCGCGAGUGCCUUGUCAAUAUGAAGAUCAUUGGAAUUGUUCUGUUAUUAGUCUUUUACGGCAGUGAAUGUCGCAAGAUUUACAAGCCGAUUGACAAAAAUGCCAACAUCGAUUUCAUUAAUAUGGAAGCUGGGGGAGCGAGGCCAGUAGGGAAGCCAACUGAUAAGCCACUCGCAAAGCCGCCUGUUGUCCAGCCUGCUCCUACACCCGUGCCUCCAGCUCAGAUCAAACCUGUCGUGACAGCUCUAACGCCUGUAGCUCCGAAGCCGGUUCAUCCAACUCUACCACCCAACCAGAUUAAGCCUGUGCCAGUGUACCCUACUCCAGCGACGCGGCUCAUCACCACCCCAGGACCUGGAAGCGUGCAGCAGCUCGUCACUUUCUACAAUAGCCAGGGCAAAGGAAGUGUAAUCAAACCGUACAGUUACAGCGAUGCCGUAAAGCAAGGUUAAACAUUUAACGAAAAUAUCAAGGAUUUAAUAUGUCUAUUGCGGAAAUAUUGUUAUUCUAUUAAGACUUGAGAUUUUUUUAAGCACGUUUUCAAUUGGCCGUAGAAAAAACAAAAACAUUAUAAUUUGUCUUUUAAUUAAAUAUUUAACUGACUGUCAGAAGUGUAGAAAGUGGAAGGUGCUUAAAGAUUUAAUUUAUGUAAAAUAAAUUAAUGCUGGACUUUAAAUUAAAUAAUUACUCUGA